AUUUAAAUAAUCCUUGUGCUUCUGUUUUGGAAAUGCCUCUCCAAAGCUUCAGAUUCCCUCGCUUCUCUUCGACUCUACGGGCUUUUGUAAGCGAUUUCAUGCCCGAUCAAAGCAUGAAAGUGUAAAUUAUGCUCUAUUUUGUUUUAGAUAGUUGUUAAUUAGGGUUUCCUGAGUUAUGUCAAAGGUGUUAUUUGAUAUGUUUCGCUGAUUCGUUGGGAUUAAUUUUCUGGUUGUGUGGGUGACCCUAUCCGAUUUAUGAUUAUGAGAUAAUGUUGGCUUUAUUGGAUCUCGUACAUGUUUAAAUGAUACAUUCAGGUGUGUUUUCUUAUAAAAGCAUCCUAAAGAUGGAUGAGACUAUGAAGCAAUUUCAGCAAAGCUUGGUUGAGCUUGAAACCGAAGCUGAGCACCUCCUUUUAGCCCGGCAUCAGGUGGUUGAAAAUGAUAAAAUGAGGAAUGGGAACAGGGAAGCACUUACGGCGCUGAGGAGGAGAGCUCGGACAACAAAAACUAGUGUUCCUUCACCCUAUCAGUCGAUCAUGAAGGAUAUUGGGAGGUCUGCAUCAAGGCCUUUGGUGAAGGAGGUAUGUGCAACAUGUGGCAACCAUGACCCAGAUGAGCGCACAUGGAUGAUGUUCCAAGGAACUGAUGUCUUUGCUAGUAUGCCAUUUCAUGCUGCUCACACCAUCUUGGAUGCAGAUCAAGAACGACUUGACUAUGAGGCAAAAAAAUUACAAAGCUAUGUAAAGGAGAAGUCUUUUUUUAUUUCAGAAAAAGGUGCUCUUGCUGACAAGAUUUGUCCUGGUGUGCUCAGAUCUCUGGUCACCUUAACAGACAAACCUAAAUAAUGGCAUCUGCUGAAGACUCAAUGCAGGGAUGCAUCCGAUUUAACAGGGAACCCACUGAAUUUCAUACAGCUACCAUAAAAUACUGAUUAUAAUACGCCCAUUUCCCUGCUUAAAACCAACUAUAUUUAUAAGCAGCAAAUUCCCCAUCUGUAGUUGGGGCAAAAAUAUUUCACGUACUAAAUCAAGUGGCUAUUUUUUUGGAGAUGCUAAGACCUGCAUAACCCUUUUAAUUUUGAUGCUGUAUUGCUCAUUUGUUUCAAUGGACAUUGUAAGAUGUUGACAAGGCCUGGAGCCUAUGGGCGUGUGGGUUUUAUCCCUUUGCAUGUGCAAAGACGAAAGAUAGAAGAGAGGACAGACCCAGGGAUAUUAUAGAUGCCAUGACAUUUUCAUUUUCAUUUUGUUGCGUAGCCGUUCUUUUAGGUGUGAAUGUACUCGCUUCUUCUUUGUGGUUGUUGAAAAUUUUGGAUGA